CCAGUUUGCUCCUGUGCUGUUGUGUAGCUGAGAGCUAGCUUCCGAGUGUUAGCUCUCCAGGUGUAGCUAAUUCUCUAUUUCUUCAGGUUUAGAUUGAAUCUUUAAAUGUAAAAUCUUCGUAGAAAUUGGACAGAAAGGUGUUUUAUUCAUUUACUGACUGAAAUUGCUUCUGGCAGAUGAUCAUCACAUGGAUUUACACAGGAUCAAUGUAUGGAGACAUUGAUAGGUUGGAGCCAAGGAACAAGACCUUCAAAGUAAAAUGUCAGAAACAGCCCUUCAAACAUCCAAGAUGAUGUGCAGAAGCAUAUUAUAAGGAAUGUGACAAAAUGGGAAAGGGAAUGCAGACUUGCCAGUUAUAGCUUGAAUGUGAGCGCGAUGCCCAGGCGGGGGUUGCCGCUCCACGGCCGGGUCCGCUGGCUCUUCCUGGGCCUCGUCUUGCUGCUGGUGCUGCUGUUGUUUGCAUACCUGCUGGAGUGUACUCCUCCAGCAGAUAUCAGCCUGGUCCUGCCCGGCCUAGCAGGGGAGAACUAUGGGAAGGAAUAUUAUCAGGCCCUGCUGCAGGAACAGGAGGAGCGCCACCUAAACCGUGCCGCUAGUCUCAAGCGCCAGAUUGCCCAGCUCAAGCAGGAGCUGCAGGAAAUGAGUGAGAAACUAAAGCUCCUGCAGGACAAGAAGGAGCUCCCCGGUGUGCCGGGCCUGGUCGAGACUAAAGACCAAGAGCCAGGAGAUCUGCUAGAGUAUCUGCACUCUCAGAUUGACAAGGCUGAGGUCAACACAGGGGCGCGCCUCCCCAGUGAGUAUGCCCUGGUGCCCUUUGAGAGUUUCACCUCGUCCAAAGUGUACCAGCUGGAGAUGGGGCUGACGCGACACCCAGAGGAGAAACCUGUCCGCAAAGACCGCAGGGAUGAGCUGGUGGAGGUCAUCGAGGCCGCAUUGGACAUCAUCAACAAUCCUGAUGAGGAGGACGGUGUGGAGGAAGAUGUGCCGAUGCAGAGACAAACCUACACAGAGGGUCACUUUUUUGAAGGACAGUAUAGGACAGAGCGAGACAAAGGGACACUUUAUGAGCUCUUCUUUGCCAAAGAAGAUUCCAGCAGCUUUCGCCAUGUCACGCUCUUCAGGCCUUUUGGUCCCUUAAUGAAAGUCAGAAGCACAUCUGUAGAAACAUCAGGAAUGAUUAUUAACAUCAUUGUGCCGCUGGCGGGGAGAGUAGAGACAUUCUCACAGUUCUUACACAACUUCAGGGAGGUGUGCGUACAGCAGGACAAACGAGUACAUCUCACGGUGGUUUAUUUUGGGCGGGAAGGCCUACAGGAGGUGAAGUCAUCUUUGGAAAAACUGUCAAGGGAGGAGAGCUUCUCUAAUUACACGCUGAUCCCAGUGGACGAGGAGUUUUCACGAGGCCGAGGUCUGGAUAUCGGAGCCCACGCUUGGAAGAAGGGCAACGUCUUAAUGUUUUUUUGUGACGUCGACAUUCAUUUUACUCUGGACUUUCUGAACACUUGUCGCCUCCAUGCCGCUCCAAAUAAAAGAGUCUUCUAUCCAGUGGUGUUCAGUCUGUACAAUCCUGCCAUAGUUUAUGGAAAUUUGGAGCUGGCUCCACCCAUUGAACACCAGCUGAUUCACAAAAAAGAUACUGGAUUCUGGAGAGAUUUUGGCUUUGGGAUGACAUGUCAGUAUCGGUCCGAUUUCCUAAAUAUUGGUGGGUUUGAUCUUGAAGUCAAAGGCUGGGGCGUGGAAGACGUCCACUUGUACAGGAAGUAUCUUCGGAGCGACCUGAUAGUGACUCGAACGCCAGUUUCCAGUCUUUUCCACCUGUGGCAUGAGAAGCAGUGUGCAGAUGAGCUGACGCCGGAGCAGUACCGCAUGUGCAUCCAGUCCAAAGCCAUGAACGAGGCCUCCCACUCUCACCUGGGCAUGCUGGUUUUCCGCGAGGAGAUUGAGACUCACCUACGCAAGCAGGCCUUCAAGACUCAGAGCAAAUCAGACGACUGAGCGAGCCUCUACUUACUCAACGUCAUUCCAACAACUGUGAGGUGCUGCCUUUAUUACACACCACAGGAAAGACUUGUUUACAUGGAUUCUUCUGCAUUUCACCGCACAGCUGUAGACAAAUGAAUGUACAAAAAUGAACGUUGAUCAAUGUGAAGCUUCACGACAUGGUACAGCGAGUCUUAUUGAAGAGCUACAGCAGUAUCAAACAUGAAUUGAUGAUCAAAUUUAUAAUACUCAACCAGCUGAACAUGUAAAACAAGUAAUGUAUCUCUUGGACUUAGGCUGACAUUGUGUUCUCCGCAUUGAAAUCAGUUCAGUGAGCAUGUUUUAUCUGAGGACACAAAGCUUGUCAUUAAGCCAUCUACUCGCUUCAAACACAGCACCUGACAGUUUCUUCACCACGUUCACCUUCUCUGCUGCUGAAUGUGACCAUUUCUGCAUUCCAAAAUUGUAUCAGACCAAGAUCAAAUACAACCAGCUGUCAUUAUAUAGGGUCGCAUUUCACUAGAAAAUAAGCACGUCACAGAAGUGUGAAAGGUAAAGCUGCAGAACUGUUUAUUUACUGGUGACAAAAGGAAAAAUAACAAGUUGCACUUUCUUAAAAUGCAGGUUGGCUCCACAAGAGCAAGUUUUUAUCUGCAAGUGGAGGAUCAAAUCAAUUUACAUUCUUUUAUCUUCUCCAGUAUAUUGGCAGUUGCGUUUGGAGACAUACUGUUCUGUUAAUAUUGUAUUUUUAGGUUGUUUCAGGUUGAUAGUGUGGUUGAAAAAGGGACCUUUUGUGUGUUAUGUCACCAUCGUUUUUAGCUGGUGGCAUCUUGAUUAAAUAGUGACAGAGCCAGGAGCAAAGAUGUGCUUACAGCAUGCAGUGCUUUGAUAUCAGGUCUGUGCGGACCAGUAUUAUUGUUUAAAUGAGAAGGUUAUCAUUUAUGCCCAGUGAGAAUCACUCACAGCACUAUGAUUUCUAAUUGAGCUUGGUCUGAAUGUUACAUCCUCUCUUGUAAAUACAUUUCAAAUAUUUUGUUGUUUCAUACAUGUAAGUUGGAUUCUUCUGUCAUACGUGCCUACAUGCUAAAAGUGAUAUGAAGUGUUGAAGAGAUCGUUUUGAAGAUGUUUCAUCAGCUUUAGUCCUGAGAGUUUCAUUGUCUCAUAAUGAGAGGAUGUCGCAGAGGUCAGAGGCGUAAUGUUAGUGAGCACAGCUGUUCAAAUCUGUAGAGCAGAGCAAGAAGUGCUUUAUUUUUCUCACAAUCAAAGCAGGUUAUUCUUGCAUCUCAUAUUGUACAGUUUUUUUUUUUUAAUUUUUAAUUAAUGUUUUUGCAAAUAUUACAGCUUUUUUAGUGGAUAGUCUUGAAGUCUCCUCAUCCUGUAGGAGAAAUGUUACACGUCUUCCUGUCAGCAGUACAUAACACUUCAAAUAGAAAGCACCUGUGCAAGGAAAUGAUUUAUUUGGAAUUUUUGAUCAUGAAAUAAAAACUUACAGAAGGCUGCAUUAA